UGUUGGUCUUUAUUGGUAAAAUGUAUGUAUUAAAAUUUACAUUUUGAGUGGAAACCAGUUCAAAUAUGUAAUGUAAACAGUUGCAAACCAGUAAAUCUAAUUGGAAUGUGUCUAAUAACAACAGCUUAUUAUGAUAUUUGAAGUGAAAACCAUUCGAUAUGAUGGCUUCUAUUGUUUUUUGUUUUUUUUAGCAGGGAUGGGAUACUAUCGCAUUAAUGUUUUCAUUACACUACGGAAAAGUCCUUGACUUCUCAAAACUAGAGUGACUCUGCUGUAGUUCCACAACAGAAGCAACAUAUCCAUGGCAAGAGGUUCUGUCAAUCAGACCUAUGUCGCAAGUUCAUUGGAUGUAGGCGUUUCUACGGCUCCUCCUCCAAACAGAGAAAGCUUUGCGGCUUUGGUGCAGUGGUGCUCGCGCGGCUCUGCCUUGAUAGCUGCUGCCUUUACAAAGUUAAAAUAACCAUUGUUGGAACGCUACACACAUUUUAAAGGGACUUGAGUCUGUUCAGCUUCCGACGCUUAAGGACAGAUACUGUGCGUUUUUCUUUUGAAGCGGAGCAUUUUGGGACCGUGGUUUCAUACAGGGAUACAGUAUGAUGUGCAGUUAUGGCAAGAAGGGGUAAGUGUGUUGUGAGAACCCUGGAGGACUUGACGCUGGACUCGGGUUAUGGUGGAGCAGCAGACUCCUUCAGGUCGUCCAGCUUGUCGCUGUGCUGUUCUGACGCGCACACAUCGUACGCGCAUGGAGGGAACUGUUGGCAUCUAACAGACUCAAUGCAUAGUAGACACAACAGCCUUGACACUGUCAACACCGUUCUGGUCGAAGACGCCGAGAACCUGGAGAGCGCCGGACACUGUGCGAAACUUCCCGAGCUUGAGGAUGUACCCUGGAGUCUCGGGGAGGUGGAAACCGCGCUUAGAAAGGAAGAGGAGCUCCGAGACGGAGCCUUUCCUGGCGACCUGUUGGCGAGGCUCUCCGCGCUGGUCAGUCGAGCACUGGUGAGGAUCGCCAAGGAGGCACAGCGUCUGAGUUUGCGCUAUGCCAAAUGCACUAAAUAUGAGAUCCAAAGUGCCAUCAAGAUUGUUCUAUCCUGGACAAUUUCCGUCAACUGUAUCACUGCGUCGCUCAGCGCACUGUCAAUGUAUAACAUGAGCACGGAGGAUAAAUUCAGCCGUGGGAAGUCGGAGCGCUGUGGACUGGUGUUCUCCGUGGGGAAGUUCUUCAGGUGGAUGGUGGACAGCAGGGUCGCACUGCGGGUCCACGAGCACGCAGCCAUUUACCUGUGUGCGUGCAUGGAGAGCCUUUUCCGAGAGGUGUUCACGCGCGCCCUGCGCACAGCCCUGGUCGAGAAAGACAACGGAAUCCCAAAGUUUUCGCUCGAGUCGUUGGAGCAGUCCAUUAAUAACGACUCGGAGAUAUGGGGCCUCCUGUUGCCUUAUCAGCACCUCAUCUGCGGGAAGAACGCCAGCGGAGUGCUCAGUCUGCCGGACAGCUUGAACUUGCACAACGACCAGCAGAGGUCUGGAAAGGCAGGAGAGGGUCACGCCUACAGCCAAUCAGAGCUGCGCACCAUCGAGCAGUCCCUCCUGGCCACCCGCGUGGGCAGCAUCGCCGAACUCAGUGAGCUGGUGUCGCGGGCGAUGCACCACCUGCAGCCUCUGCACGUGAAGAACCACAGCAACGGCACCCCGGGCCACCACCACCACCACCGGCCCGCCUCCGUGCACUGGGAGCCCGAGGCCCUUUACACGCUCUGCUACUUCAUGCACUGCCCCCAGAUGGAGUGGGAGAACCCCAACAUCGAGCCGUCCAAAGUCACACUGCACACAGAGAGGCCGUACGUGGUGCUGCCGCCGGUGAUGGAGUGGCUCCGCGUGGCCGUGGCGCACGCCGAACACCGCCGCAGUUUCUCUGUGGACAGCGACGACGUCAGACAGGCGGCACGCCUGCUCCUGCCUGGCACUGACUGUGAACCACGACAGCUGAGGACGGAUGACUGUUUCUGUGCCUCCCGUAAGCUGGACGCUCCCUCCACCGAGGCCAAGUUCCUGCAGGACCUGGGCUUCCGCAUGCUCAACUGCGGGCGCACCGACCUGGUCAAGCAGGCCGUCAACCUGCUGGGGCCCGACGGCAUCAACAGCAUGAGUGAACAGGGGAUGACCCCUCUCAUGUACGCGUGUGUACGCGGGGACGAAGCCAUGGUGCAGAUGCUGCUGGACGCUGGAGCUGACAUCAACAGCGAGGUGCCAAACACGGUACACAAGCACCCCUCAAUCUUCCCCGAAACCCGGCAGGGGACCUCGCUCACUUUCGCCGUCCUACAAGGACAUGUCCCUGUUGUCCAGCUCCUCCUGGACGCUGGUGCCAAUGUGGAGGGCUCUUUGCAGGACGGCAUGGAGAACUACACAGACACUCCGCUCCAGCUGGCAGCUGCUGCUGGGAACUUUGAGCUGGUCAGUCUGCUGCUGGAGCGGGGGGCCGACCCCAUGAUUGGCACCAUGUACCGCAACGGCAUCUCCACGGCGCCCUUGGGCGACAUGAACUCAUUCAGCCUGGCAGCCGCACACGGGCACAGGAAUGUGUUCCGGCGGCUGCUGUCCCAUGCGGAGCCGGGGAAGAGUGACGUCCUCUCUCUGGAGGAGAUCCUGGCCGAGGGCUCGGAGGCGGGCGACAGAGACAGAGACAACGGCUCCCUGCAGUCGGACUCGGGGCGCUCGGGGAAGGCCAAGCUGCGCGCCCUCCGAGAGGCCAUGUACCACAGCGCCGAGCACAGCCACGUGGACAUCACGCUGGACAUACGCAGCCUGGGCAUCCCGUGGACACUGCACACCUGGCUGGAGUCUCUGCGCACCUGCUUCCAUCAGCACCGGCGGCCGCUGAUCCAGGGCCUGCUGAAGGAGUUCAGCUGCAUCGAGGAGGAGGAGUACACCGAGGAGCUCAUCACCCACGGCCUGCCUCUCAUGAUCCUGAUCCUCCGGGCCAGCAAGAAUGAGGUGAUCAGUCAGCAGCUGGCCGUGAUCUUCACGCAGUGCUACGGCCCCUACCCUAUCCCCAAGCUGGUGGAGAUCAAGAGGAAACAGACCUCGCGCCUGGACAUCACCUUCCUGAAUAACAAGGAGAUGUCUGACGUGACGUUCCUGGUGGAGGGGAAGCCCUUCUAUGCCCAUAAAGUUCUGCUGUUCACUGCCUCUGCCAGAUUCAAGUCUCUCCUGAUGAACAGGCCCGCCGGGGAGAACACCUGCAUUGAGAUCAGCCAUGUGAAGUACAACAUAUUCCAGCUGGUGAUGCAGUACCUGUACUGUGGAGGAACUGAUGCGCUGCACAUCAGAAACACGGAGAUCAUGGAGCUCCUGUCUGCUGCCAAGUUCUUCCAGCUGGAGGCACUCCAGAGACACUGUGAGAUCAUCUGUUCCAAAAACAUCAAUACUGAUACCUGUGUGGAGAUUUACAACCAUGCCAAAUUCCUGGAGGCACAGGAGCUGUCCGCCUACAUCGAGGGCUACUUCCUGAAGAACAUGGCGGUCCUGAUCGAGCUUGAGCCUUUCAAGCAGCUGCUCUACGACCCUCCGGCUGAGAACACCACCUUCGACGUCCUCCAGGACCUGGAGCGCAAUCUGGCCACGCGGAUCCAAUCCAUCCACCUCUCCUCCUCCAAAGGCUCCGUUGUCUAAAGACCCUCCAGACUCAGGAAGGGUGGAAGAGGGAUUCUUCUCUUGCAAAUCGCUCCAUCCCCCUCUUCCGUCACAGAGUGUGAGGUUUCAUCACAGACGCCACGCAAACGACACGCCUGUCAGGAACAGCGGGGAGCUCUGGGCUGAGGACCAAUCAUGACCACAGGAGAAAGGAGUCUGCAGACUCGAGCGACCCCUUGGAGAGUGACAGGGGGUCACAUGAAUGCCAUUCCAUGCACAGACAAAACCCACUGCGCCAGCGUCUAGAGUUGUUGCUUUUGCAAUAAUCACAAAAUAGUAGUGACAAAUAGUAAAGGAAAAUUGUUAUUUUUAGCAGAAAAAUUUUAACGAUGUACAAAAACAAAACAAAACUUGUGUACAAAGCAAGUGAUCAAAUGGAUCUGACUGGAUGCUGCCAGUAAUAUAUUUCAGAAUAUUAAUAUAAAUAUAAAUAUUGUCUCUUGAAAUUGUGUUGCUGGUGUGAUUGAGGUAUGUAUGGAUGGUGUUAACUAUUUUGGUGUCUGUGUGGCUGUGUGGCUGUGUGUGUGUGUGUGUGUGUGUUUGUGUGUGUGUGUGCCCUGUGCCCUUGUAUGUCUGUGUGUUUGGCUCAGGUGACGCCAGUGUAAAAGUAUGUACCUUGAGAGACUUCAAGCAGUAGUCCUCUAAAGACACACAAGAAAUCACAGAAUGCUAGUUCGUUUAGUUUCCCACUCUCCAAGGAGGCCCGGAACAUUCCAAUUUUAGAGGACACUUUCGUUUGUAGGGAUCUCGGAACUACCUGGAUCUUUCAGAUUAAGACCCUUCCUUGGCUACAACACUGUACUGUACAGAUAAUUUCCAGGCAGUCCAUGGACCAUGGAACCCGCAGCUGUUCAACAAAGAACACAACCUGCUUCUUCAAUUCUUUGGUGCAGUCACUGAUAUCAUUCAUAGUUCAUUCAUAGACAGUUCAUGUGUGUGCAAACCCACAUGUUGGCAAGAAUAGGUACCUAAAUGGACCUUGAUUUCAUUGACUUGUAAAUAAACAGUCCAUAAAUAAGCCUGGGAGUGCUGACUCCCCUUGUAAGUUAAUGUACAGUAUCUACAGUGUGUCUCAUCAGACCCCAAUGGACAAACAGGGAACGGUCUGUACUUGCUCUGGUGUAAAGAUGCAUGUGGGUGUUUGUAACUUUCUUUGUACUUUGUCUCAAAAAGAGCUUGUUGUUUUGGUUGUACGUGUGUGUGUGUGUGUGUGUGUGUGUGUGUGUGUGUGUGUGUGUGUGUGGUUGUGUGUGUGUGUGUGUGUGUGUUGGGGGUGUGGGGGGAGAUUUUAAAUGAGCAUGGCAUUUUGAUCAUGUCUACCUGUGCUGUGAAACAGUGAUCUCAUUCCAGGUCCGAGCUUGAAGAGAUUCACCUGGUACAUAUCAGAUCUCAUCAGUGCUCUGAUGUGUGUCCGUUGCCAUGGCAUUUGUGCAAACAGACUGACCUCUCUUAAUGUCCUGUUCUGUAUGAUGACUGAAUAUCUGACUCUGUAGAAAAAGAGAUUACUGCAAAUUGAUUAUAUAUGUAUGAAUCAUGUUUGGAAAAACCA